CGGUCAGAAAGCAAUCCAGUCGGGAGAUCCUCACUGACCAGCAGAAGACCACUGAAGUAGUUCGCAGUCCGCUGAUUUUCUUCAGUUCACACUCACCAUGAACGGUCCUUCGGUCAGUGCUUUCAACUAUGGCGGCGGCUUCAGCGGCAACACCACCGUCGUCGACACCGUCCCGCCUGAGAUGUUGCAUCUCGUGGAUCCUCACUGGUACCAGUUCCCUCCUCUGAACCCUCUGUGGCACGCUUUGUUGGGCUUCGUCAUUGGCGUCCUCGGCGUCGUCUCGUUCUGCGGCAAUGGAAUGGUCCUCUACAUCUUCGGCACCACCAAGGGCCUGCGAUCACCCUCCAACCUGCUGGUCAUGAAUCUGGCUCUUUCCGACUUCCUCAUGAUGAUCACUAUGGCCGCCCCAAUGGUUAUCAACUGCUACUACGAGACCUGGGUCCUAGGACCCUUCUUCUGCGAACUGUACGCUAUGUUUGGCUCAAUGUUCGGCUGCGGCUCCAUCACCACAAUGGUAUUCAUCGCCUUCGACAGGUAUAACGUGAUCGUCAAGGGCAUGUCAGGCACCCCUCUGACCAGCAAGGGCGCCCUCCUCAGGAUCUUCUUGCUCUGGGCCCACGCAGCUUUCUGGACUUUGGCACCUUUCUUCGGAUGGAGCAGGUACGUUCCUGAGGGCAACAUGACCGCCUGCGGAACCGACUACUUGAACAAGGAUUGGUUCAGCCGCAGCUACAUCUUCGUCUACUCGUUCUUCUGCUACUUCUUCCCUCUCUGCGGAAUCAUCUACGCUUACUUCUUCAUCGUGCAGGCCGUCGCUGCCCACGAGAAGAACAUGAAGGAACAGGCCAAGAAGAUGAACGUGGCGUCCCUGAGGACUGAGGACAAGGCCCAAAGCGCGGAGUGCAAACUUGCUAAGGUUGCCCUGGUAACCAUCUCCCUGUGGUUCAUGGCCUGGACGCCCUACCUGGUGGUCAACUAUAUGGGCAUCUUCGACGGUGCCGCCAUCACACCCCUGACAACUAUCUGGUGCUCAGUUUUUGCCAAGGCCAGCACCGUAUACAACCCCAUCGUCUACGGCAUUAGCCACCCUAAAUACCGAGCGGCCCUGUACAAGCGCUUCCCUAGCCUAGCGUGCAACGCGUCCAACGACGACAACUCGUCGGCCGCGUCCGGCUCGACCGUGUGUGCCGAGAGCACGGCAGCUCCCGCCUAAACGACCAGCAGCCCUUUCACUCCCGACGGACUCGACUAGGAUCUCUGCUGAUGACAAAACUCCGCGCACCAACCGAUGAACUGAAUAACGAAACUAAACUACACACUGCAAGAAUAGUCUCUCUGCACUUAUUUUUUCUAAAAAAACACACACACUCUCUAUAGCUCACUAGUAGUUCAUAAAUUCGAUUUGAGUCACACUAUUUUAGUUCAGGAAGUAAUAAAUGUAAAAAGCCCAAAAAUAAAGAAAAAACUGCAACUGAAAUAAAAUAUACUGAUUAUGA